AUGCGAUACGACAAUCACUUAAAUUUAUUAGAUGAAUUUGACAAAAUCCAAUCGAUUAUAGAGUCUGAAUGUAAAGAGGAUGACUUAGAUGAACAAUUCAAUGAACGCGAUACAUUUCAAGAUAGAUAUUAUGCUGCUUUUGAUUUUUUGAAACAAUUUAUACAAACUUCACAACCACGUCUAGAUACAAGCGUUGAACAAAAUUCAAAUUCAGUUAACAAAAUUUCGUCGAAUAAUUUUGAUCCUCUUCAGAAUGUUUUAUUACCAAAGUUAAAAUUACCUAGUUUUGAUGGAGAGUUUCAUCAUUGGCUUCAAUUUAAAACCAAUUUUGAAACUAUCAUAUGUGACAAUACAAAUUUGAAUGAGAAUCAGAAAUUUCAGUUUUUAAAGGCGUCUCUAGAAGGGUACGCUUCUCGAUUUAUUGAAGGUUUAGACAGUACAGACAAACCAUUUGAAAGAGCUGGGAACCUUUUAGGUGAAAGAUUUGAUAAAAAACAAUUCUUAAUCGAUAGCCAUUUCAAGUCUAUUCUAAGUGUGCAAAAUAUUGUUAGAGAAAAUUAUAUACAAUUCCGUAAGUUAUUAGAUGAAAUUUCUAAACAUUUAACAUCGCUAGAAGGCUUAGAGUUAACUAAAGAUAUUUUAUACGACUCCUUUAUUAUUUAUAUUGUGUCCAAUAAAUUGGACAAAAAUACGAUUCGUGACUGGAAAGAAAUGAAAUAUCAUUCUGAAUUACCAACUUUGGACGAAUUUAUGAAUUUCUUGAAAGAAAAAUCUGACAUUUUACAAUGUUUGGACGAGUCUCAACAAUCAACUAAAUCCAUAGGCAAUUUAAGUAAGAAUAAGAACAAUCCAGUACAUAUGCUUUUAUCAACAAAUAAAUCAUUGUCCUGUAAUUAUUGUAAACAAGCUCAUACAAUUUAUAAGUGUCCUCAGUUUUUAGCUUUAAAUGUUAAUACAAGAAUUCAUAAAAUUAAAAAUUUGCACUUAUGCGAAAAUUGUUUACUUGCAGGUCAUGAUAAACAAAAUUGUAAACACGGCAAAUGUACAAUAUGCAAAAGGAAGCACAAUACACUGCUUCACAAAGAAUAUAAUGUAGUACCCCCGGCAAAUAAUACUUCUAAUGAAACAACAACUUCGAUGAAUGUAGUUGUAAACCACAAUAAUUCAAGCACGAUUUUAAAAGCGGAAACUUUCGCCAAUUCACUGUUAUCUACCGUCUCAUGUCAAAUUAAAGACAACCAAGGCAAUUUUCAUCAAAUAAGAGCACUGCUGGAUUGUGGAGCUCAAUCCAAUAUAAUAACCGAAAGGCUAUGUAGUUUACUAAAUAUAUCAUUGUUACCUACCAAUGUCUCAAUUUCUGGAAUAGGUAAAUCUGUAUCUUAUAUUAAUAAAAAAUGUUCUAUUUCUCUUUAUUCUUGCGUUAAUGAUCAUGAAUAUACAAUUUCAUGUUUAGUCGUCCCUGUAAUAACUGGUAAUAUUCCAUUUGCUUAUUUUAAUCCUAGUACAUUAAAGAUACCGGAACAUGUUCAAUUAUCUGAUCCCAGUUUUGGAUGUCCACAAGAAGUCGAUUUAUUGUUGGGCGCCAAUAUAUUUUGGGAUUUGUUAUUAAACGAAAAAAUAAAAUUGGGAAAUAAUAUGUUAGUUAACACUGUAUUUGGAUGGAUAGUAACAGGUGCGCUUCCAAUUAAUAAUAAAACAAUCAUGUGUAACCUUUCAAGUCAUAUUCCUGAAGAUGACCAGUUAAAGAAAUUCUGGGAAAUUGAAGAAAUAAAAGGUAGUAAUCAAUUUUUAUCUCAAGACGAUAUUGUGUGUGAGUCUUUAUUUAACGAAAAUACUUUCCGCAUAGAAAACGGUCAGUUUGUAAUAAAAUUCCCGUUAAAACAAUCCCCAGAACUAUUGGGCAGGUCUAAACCCGAAGCAAUUAGAAGAUUUAAGACAUUAGAAAAACGGUUCGCGGAUGUUCAAUUUAAACAAUUAUACACCGAUUUUAUUCAAGAAUAUGAAACUUUAGGUCAUAUGACUAAAUUAACUAUUGAACCCGAUGGAAUUAAAUACUUUUUACCACAUCAUGGUAUUUUAAAAGACAACUCGUUUACGCGUAGUUUUUGA